UAUUUAUUGUCUUUAUCAAUAAUUAAAUACGAACAAUUGGGGCUGAGUCAGUGUACGGUACAUGAAAUCAGAAGAGUUUCAGCAUCGGAGUUGCUUCUAGGGCUUUGAUCGGAAGAAGUAGAUGGACGGAAACAUGGAGAUUUCAGUGGACAAGCUUCCAAUUAAACGCCUCGAGUCCAUCGAAGAGAACGGCGCCGAACGAUUCCCCAAUGAAGUAGGAUACGAAGAAAGGAGAUUGAAUUUGAUUCAUCGUAUCGAUUUUGGGUGGGCAGUGGAUAGAGAAGAUUCAGCUAAGAAGCACAAAAAAGACACUUCUGCUACCACCACUACUUCUAAAGACGCUACCAAGCCCUGGCCAUGGAAGAGCCUUGUCGAGAACUUGCAAGCAGCUCAUCAGGAGCUCUCCGUCAUUAUCGAUCUUAUUAACACUGUUGAGGUUAAUGACGCUGUAACGGUGGCCGGUAUGACCAGGCCAAAGCAAUUACCUAAUGAGCUAUUAUCUGAUCUUGCUGUUUCUACAGCAACAAAAUUACAGUGCUACAGGCAUCUUGGGAAAUACUUUAAGCAAUCUGCUAAAGGACUGGAACAGCAGAUUGCAAGGGAAGCCAGAUUCUAUGGUGCUCUAAUAAGGCUGCAGCAGAACUGGAAAGUUAAACGGCACCGCAUGGCCGCUACUCCCGGCAAUGAGGGCUUUUAUAUUGAUCUUUUUGACAAUUCUUUAUAUGAUCCAGCAGCUUCAUUUCGCCCAUCUACCAUGUCCACCGUUUGGGUUGAGCAUGAUGCCGCAGGAAUGCUGGCUAUUAAUUUACCACAAAAGGCAGUUCGCUCUCUUCAGUUUGGAUUUCUAUGCAGGAAUUCUGAUACUGCUGCAAUUCAAGCAAGUAGAAUUAAAGCUGUAGGUUCAGAUCAGGACCCUGCUGGAGAGUGUAAGAAAGAACCUGAGAGUGAUGAUGAUUGUGUCAAGAAUAAACAUGCUAUCCUCCGUGAGGUUCAUAGGGCUAUCUUUGAUGAACAAGUGUUUGAUUUGGUGAAUCGUGAGGCAUUCAACCCAUCAUUAGGUGUGAAUAUAACUGGAAUACGAGAAAAUUAUUUAGAGCUAAACUUAAGUCAAGGAGCCUCUGUCUUUAUUUCACUUAUGCCGCACAAACAUGAAGAUCGUGUGGCUGAUAGUGCAGAUAAUCAGAAUUCAGAAAGUGCUCUAGUUCGUUCUGAAUUUUUUAAUGAUUCUAAUGCAAAAGACAGAACGAAAGAUCCUAGAAAGAAGUCUGUCUUUCCUAAUAGAGUUAGUUGUGAAAUAUUUCUUCAACAAACUUUUCACGAGCAUGUGUUUGUACAAGCAAAGAAGAGAACCACUUCUGGUGGUAAAAUGCACUCUGGUCAGCCUACAAUUGAUCGUUCAAACCUGCUUGGUCAUUUUUGCAUGUCUCUGGCUCACAGGAUAUUCUCAAACAAAAUCCUUAGAGAACUGGACGAUCUGGUUUCCAGGGUGCCAUAUGUUCAUUUGAUAUCUCAUCCAACCUGGAAUUCUCGGACAUCCUCGUGGACGCUCUCUGUGGAUGUGCCUCAGUCUAUUAUAUAUGCAAGUUGCCAAACCCAAAAAUCAGACAAGAAAGCCAAGACACAAUUCCGAACCAAAGUGUUGGUGAAUGAUUGCAUCAAGGUGGAAGGGGAAGGUGCUCCAAAUGUUGUAGGCCUGUUUAAAGGCACCUCUGAAAGAAUAUGCUCUAUAAAUAGAUAUGACUGUGAUUUGGCAGAUCUUCCAAUGAUACUUUUGCAACAGAUUGCUAGCCAAAUUAUUCGAUGGCUUCACGCUGAAGCUUUGAUGGUGGGUAUUAAAGCAAACAGGGACUUCUUGUGCUUGUCCUUUGAGCUAGAGCAGGGUGAGACCCUUGGUCUUGUGGCACAUGUGAACCCUGAAGAUCCCCUUGGAUGCAUUUCCUGGUGGUUGGUCAUGGAUGAUGGUUUCACAGAGGAAGGGAAACUUCAGUCACAAAUUUCUGACACCCACAAUAGAAAAUUCCUGGGUCACUUGUCUUUGGAUGUGUUAUACUCAACGUUGCUGGACUUGGUUAGCCUGUGCAGUGGUGGUAGUAAUCAUUGAAUGUGCACUUUUUUACUUGCAAAAGCCAGCGGAAGAAAGUGUGUGAUGCUAUAUCAUUGGCAGGUUGUAUACCUUGUAAUUUUUGUAGUUUUUUUUUUGCGUCUUUUGGUUAAAUGAUGGUUUAGUUUCUUGACUUUAGCAAAUGAUUGUUUAGUAUACUCUCACAUUAUAACAGAGUUAUAGUCGCUAGAUUUGUUCUUUAGUAUGACAUUAAAAAAAUUGAAUGAAUCCAAAUUUAUGAUAUUAAUGA